AUGCUUGUUGAUCGCAAUAAAAAAAUAAAAUCGCAAAAUGAAAAUGAAAAACAUGAAAGAAAUUUACUUACUAAUGAACAAACGCAUCAAACAAAUACAAGAAAUCAAAAUACUGAUACCACCCAGGAUAGACCUUGCUGUUGUAAAGCAAAAGAGGAUAGAUUACGUACCGCUACUGAUAUAAGUCAAAGGAAAGUGGGCAGUAUAGUUACAGAAUUGGUGACUCCUAUAAUACUUAAGGAAGCUGCUGCACAAGGUCUCAGUCAUGAAACAUAUAUAAAUCCACAAGAUAAUAAUAUAAUGCGACAACCGCGGCUAAAGAUGACACAAUCAAACCUUAAGAUGCCAACUCCAAUCAGAUUCUGUAAGAUUCCUCCGUGCAACGAUGUUAAAAAUAGCAAUUAUCAUUUGGUGCCAAUUUGCGGAUCUCAGAAAACUUCAACAAACAAUACCACUACUGAAACUACUUUUAAAACAUGUGAUUGUAGUCCUGAGAAAUUGAUGAAGUUGUUUGAAAAAAGCGCAAAAGAAAUAUCAUCAAAAGCUUGCAAUGUUUGUAGCAUCGAAAUUAUUGAUACGAAAAAACUACUUUCAAAUGAAUGCCAUGCGCGUAAAUGUAACAAUUGCAGAUCAAAAAAAUCACCUGAAGCUGUUACAUCAUAUGAAAAAAAACUGAAAAAUGUAUGCCCGUGCGAACAACAAAAACUUUUCAUAGAAAAUGAUUUUGAAGAAAAGAUCGACGACAAAAAGAGUACUUCCUCAAAGGAUCGCUGCAAAUGUUUGCAAAUUGAGAAAGAUCAGAAACAUAUAAAAAAAAAUAUAAUAUGUGAAUGUCCUGAACCCGAACCUGAACCUGAAAUAGAUUUUAUGGAUUGGAUUGAUGAAAAAGAAGAAAGGAGACUUAAGUCUGAUUUGACACAGACAAUAUCAGGCUUUAGAAUAAACAUACCUCGAAAAAAAACUGACAGGGAAAAUUUUGAAUUCGAAAUGAGUUUCGAAGAGACAUUGAGGUACAUUGCAGAAAAUCUUGAGAAUGAAAGUAGCAAAUAUAAUAGUGACAUAUGUUCCUGUAAAAGUGAUUUGAAAUUACAAUCAAAGAAUGUGUCAGUCGAUUGUGAAUGUCCAUACGAACCGUACACCCCUGAAGCUCCAGAAGAAGAGACAUUCGAAGAAGAACCAUUUACGGGUAUUAAAUUUCAUAUUAGUGGCAAAGGUUCCGGUUCUAAAGGGCUGAAUGGAAUUUUGUGUUUUCGUUGUUGAAAAGCUUAUCCAAAGAUAUAAAAAUUAAGGAACAUACAAAUAUGUCAACUUUACUAAUAUAAAACCUAUCUCAGUACCAAUGACUACCUCACUCACUCCCUCUACACCCCGUAUCUGGAUAAAAACAAAAUUAAAUUAUUUCAUCGCCGGACCGAUUCAGGAUAAUAGGUGUAUUUCAGUUUAUAGGUGUUUGUGCAAACACAAGUGCAAUUUCAUAUAACAAUAAACAUAUAAAAUGUCUA